AUGGUUGUGACAUUUUUAGCUUUAGUAUCACAGCUUCCACUUGGAUGGGGCACAGACCGUGCGUGCGUGCCCAAUACGCAGUUUCUACUGAACGGCCGCAUGUGCCACUGCAACAACCUUGGCUGGUGGACGGAUUCUGACUGCGUCUCAAUUGAGAGACGCGUAGCCUGUAUCGCAGGCCAGAUAGUUUGGCAGGGCUGCAGCCAAUGCAUUUGUCAAGAAAACGGCCAACUCCACUGCAGUGAUGCAAGCUGCUACAACGAUUCUCCCUACAGAGGCGUAGAUGCAGUCACCUCGACACGAAAAACAAUUGACACAAAAGAUUCCACCAGCACUUGGUGCACGCCAUUCAAGUCGUACUACAUCAACUGCAGCAUCUGCGUCUGCCCCGCCUCAGGCAGGACGUCUGAGGCACACUGCGCCACUGACACCUCAUGCCACCGACUGUCGCCAUCAUCUACCGAUUUUCUCUUAUCAGUGAACAAAAACAUUUGCAUACCGCAAGUCAUGUAUCUAUUCCCCUGUCUCCAUUGCCUUUGCUCCGAUGGCGGGUAUUUCAUUCUGGAAAAAUGUGUCGAGACUUGCCAUCGACCGCUGCAGAUCGAGUCUACAAGGAGAUGCAUCUCCAGAACGUUUUACAGGAGGAAUUGCAACGUUUGCUGGUGUCCAGACGAUAGCAUGCCUGAUGACAAACUUUGCACUCAGAAUGUUUGCACCGAGAACUCUAAAUUCACGUCUCUUGAGACUUUGAGAACCCUCCGUAUUAAGUGUCACCCUUACAGCUUUCUGAAACCCAAGUGUUUCUACUGUGGAUGUAACACAAAUGGGAACAUCAACGAAAAUGCGUGUUUGGAAUUAGAUUGUCUGAAAACCAACGACUUUAAAUAUGAUGUCGCAAAGUUAACAUGCAGCCCAGGGGAAAUGGUGCCGAGUUGUACUGAAUGUUUUUGCUUACGUAACGGUAUGACCAAUAAAACUUAUUGCACAAAUGUCUGCUCAUACCAAAGUAAGCUAAGCCUGCUCGACAAAGUCUUGAAAGACAGUUUUUCUAACCAACUCCUGAUUGAUAGAAAAGAUAUUAAAAGAAUUGCAGAAAAUGAGUUGUGUGAACCGAACACAAUGUACAUUGAUCAAGGGAGAUAUUGUCUGUGCCCAGAAAAUGGCAGCACAAAUUAUAAGCUUUGCACUUCUGUGAGUGAGGAGUCUCACGUCAAGAGACCAAACUUUCACAGUAUUUUGAAGCACGGCUUAAAAUAUGUGGAUCUCAAAAUGAAUUGCACACCGAAUUCAUUUGUCGAGAUUGAUUGCAAUACAUGUUACUGCGCGAAAAAUGGUAAAAUUGAUCCUAAAUGGUGUACCUACGACGAUUGUAAUGCAAAGAAGAUAAUUCAAGAUACUCAUAAAUCUUACCGCGUUUCAACCAUGCCCAGCGUGGACACUUGCAUACCGGGAUCCAUUUCAAAGGUAGGAUGCAAUUACUGCAUAUGCCCUGAAAGCGGGAUACUGAAAGACCGAGCGUGCACCAAAAAUAAAUGUUCCGAAAUCCAGGAGCAAGUGGACGACGACAAAUUCGUCUGUGAACCUUUAGCUUAUUACCUCGUGGAUUGUAACGUUUGUCUUUGCCCUCGUGAUGGGGUGAAGAAUGUACAGAAGUGUACCAAGAAGAUAUGCGAGAAAACAUUCCUCAGAUCUGAUAGUUGUGUAUCCGGGCAAUUCUUCAGUAACGGUUGCAACGUCUGCGUAUGCCCUCCGAAUGGGGAUAAGUCUGACAAAGUUUGCACGAAGCAUAGAUGUUCGGAUUUUGAUACUCCUUGGAAGAAGAUAUUCAGGCUCUCGCAGAACUUGCUAGACAAUCGAGUAACGCAAGAUAAUAAGAGGGAACUAGACUUCUGUUUUUCAGGGGAAGAAUUUGAAAUUGGUUGCAAGAUUUGCGUAUGUCCCGACGUCGGGUUAAGGUCUUAUGCUACGUGCACGGAAUCUUUGUGUGACAAGGAGAGUAAUAAAUUAAAUAUUUCAAAAACUAUAGAAGAUGUGUCUUUGGAUGAAAAUAUUGGAGCUGAAAUAUCUCAUAUCAGAUACAGAAGAGACGAUGGGGAGUCUUGUAUGACUUUCAACCUGACAGACAGCUCUGAACGAAAGGAAUGUACACCAGGUUCCGUGUACAUAAUAAGGUGCCGGCAAUGCAUCUGUCCGUAUAUGGGCAACAUCAACUACUUCUGUCGUCCGCUACCGAAGGGGACCUACUGCGAGCAGGCUUACCCUAACUUCAACUACUUGCCUAUGGGCAGGCGUACUGAUGAAAAAAACUCGACGAGCCUGAACGCAACCACCACCCAAAGCCCCUUCAGGCCGAUGAACCACAACCACACCAAGUACUCCUGCACCUCUCCCGGGAAGAUCAUGGAUGCCUGCUUCAUCUGCGAGUGCCAGGACGACCUGGUCCUCAUAGAGGAGCACUGCUUCAAAAACACAGCGGAGAAGUGUAGGGAUGCUGAACAGACCUUUUUGGAUAGUGAAAAUAAAGCUGUCGUUACGAAAUGA